AUGCUACUGGCGGUUCCACGGGCGCUACAGUACCUGAGGCCCCGGAGGGGUUUCCCAGCAGCAGCCCAUGUGCUAACACGGGCUGCUUGUUUUGCGUGUCAUUGUUUCGGAGGCCCCUCAAAGGUGCGGUGGAUUCACAGCAGCCAGAGGCAAGCGGGGUGUCAGGAGCUUCAGGGGCUCACGCCACAGCAGAAACGCAUUCUUUAUCGCAGCAAACAGCGCGGGUGGGUUGAGCUGGACCUCAUCCUCAGCGCGUUCACGGAGAGGAGCAUCAAAACAUUUCGCCUAGAGGAGCUGGCGGAGCUCGAGAAAAUAAUUGACGAGGAAAAUGUUGUACUCUACGGCUGUCUCGUGGGCGCCAAUGGCCACCGCGAGGCCGCUCCACCCCAUCUGCAGGAUUCAGCUGUUUUCAAGCAGCUGAUGAAUUUUGUUGUCAACCAAUACCCAAAUCUCGUGGCUAUGCAGGCAACGAGCAGCAGCGCGGCUGCACCAAACCCUAGUUGA